AACCACUUCAACACUACAAUUUUAGUGUCACAAACCUUUAUCAACCUCAUUCAACAGCUAUAUGGCGACACUACAUACAAAGUGAUUCAUAAUAAAAAGCUCAGUGAUGUCUUUGAAGGAAGUAAAACAAGGUUGUCACCUACUAUCACCCAUGAUCUUCCUCAUUGUAGUCAACUCGACGGGACGGGACUGGACUGGACUGGAUUGGACUACAUUAUGCAAUAAACUGUGAGGAGCGAAAAGGUGGGCAUACGCUGUCUCAUCGAUGAAAAGACCCCAGAAGAAGAUUUGGAUUUCACCCAUGAUCAUUUAUGUCUAAUCUCUUGUCACACAAACUCGAAGAUCUACACGCGAAAACUAACAAGUUGACAGAAGAGGAGAGGCGAGGAGAGGCGAGGCAGAGAAGACGGGACUUCCUUCAGGUGAACGUACAGAAGACAGACGUGACGAAGAUACCCAAACAACAACAACAACAACAACAACAACAAACGACAAUCACCAUAAAUGGGAGAAAUCUAAAUGAAAUUGUCUCUCACCUACCUACCUACCUACCUAGGCAGCAUCGUUUCAACUACAGACGGUACAGGCACACAGCAGGACGUCAAAACCAGGAUCCGAAAAGCAAGCGAGAUAGGCCAUCAUUAACUUGAAACCGGUGUAAAGAUCUACUGCACUCAGCAUAAAGCGUCAACAACAUCCUGGGAUUUUCAACUCUAAUCUCAGUCAAGUCAGUGAUUCCAUGUGAUGGUUCAC